AUGUCAGACUACAAGGAAGAAGUGGAUGAAAAUCCUUUUGUGGACAUAGAUGAGUACAUUGAGGACACAAAUGCUAUUGUACCUCCGGUUGUUGGUGCUUCAACUUUCAAAGUGGAACAUGGUCUAAUUCUAAUGCUCAAAGCUGAGGGUUUUUUCAGGAAUUCCACCGAUGAUGAUCCAACACAACACCUUAGGAACUUCUUGGGAGUAUGUGCUAUGCAUAAGCAAAACAAUGUCUCAGAUGAUGCCCUAAGGUUGAGGGUGUUCAAGUACUCACUAGCUGGAGACGCAAUGAGGUGGCUCCAAAACUUGCCACCAAAUUCCAUCCGUUCUUGGCCUGAACUUGUACGGGCAUUUUUAGCUAAAUGGUUCCCACAAAGCAAGAAGUCUGAGCUUCGAGAUAAAAUUUUCUUCUUCAAGCAACAGCAGGGGGAACAUCUACAUGAGGCAUGGGAUCGAUUCAAAUUAUAUUUGGUGAGGUCUCCCAAUCAUGGUUUUCCAGACUCUAUCUUGUUAGAGAAAUUUUACAUGGGCUUGGAUCCUAUGAACCAAGCUAUAGCGAAGAAUGCAGCUGACGGAUCUUUUAUGGACAAAUCAUUCGCAAGAGUCACACAAAUACUUGACAAAAUGGCAAAACAUAAUCAAGCUUGGCACUCUGAGGAUACCUCAGGCGGAAUUGCAUAUGGUUUUCCUUCCUUGACCAAUCUGAUUAAGGAGAAUCAAGAGAGGGACCAAAUAAUCGCAGGGCUUGCCACAAUUGUCAAUGUGUUGACAAAAAUGCUCACGGAAAGUCAGACAAAAAAGGUGAAUGUAGUGGAGGAUGUGCGAGCUAUAUCAAAUGAGGAUUUUGAGGAAGCCAACUACAUCAACAACCCUCAAGGAGGGUAUCAAAGACAACAAAACAAAUGGAGGCCAAACCCGCAAGGGCAAGGCCACCAACAAUGGCGAAAUGAUCAAGGUGGCUCAAACCAAGGGACUUGGAACAACAACAACAACUUUUCUAACCGGAGUUCAAACCCUUAUGUUCCUCCUAAGGGCCAAUAUUCAAAUCAAGGCUCUUCUAGUGAAUCUAAGUUGGAAGGUAUGCUUGAGCGAGUGUUGCAAAAUCAAGAAAAAUCCGACGCUUCUAUGAGGAACAUGACCGAGAUUGUUGGAUCUCAUACCACCUGGAGAUGCAAAUGA